AUGGGUCGGCUCUACUUGGCUCCAAGGCUGCCGCGGCCCGCCCGCCCCUAUUUCUACCCUCCACCCUCCACCCCGCCCCGGCCGCCCGCCGCCGCGACUCCGGCAGCCGCGGAGCGCUGGCCUCAAUCCCGCACCGCCACUCCGCGUGACCAGGCGGGCGGCCGCGAUAGGCGCGGGCUGGCGGCCCGGGGCGGGGUCUCGCCGCCACCGCCCCUGGGCCCAGAGGCGUCCCCGGGUUCCCCCGGCCGGCCUGUGAGUGGACCACGGGGGCUAGCUGCUGCCCGGGCCAGGGCAUGCAGCGCGCACAGCCCAGUGGGGUCCCAGUGCGCCAGUGGCCGAGACAGUAGUGGGAAGGGCCGAGGUUCUCUGGGCUUCUCUUCCGUCACCGUGGACGCUUCCCCCUCCCUCCGGGACCAGACAGACAGACGAAGUACCCACAAUUGCCACAGCCCUCCUCUCCUCCCCAGCCCCAGGCGGGCGAAGGGGGCGGAAUGGGAAGGGGAGGGCCCCGAAGAAGCCAGCAGCGACGGCAGGAAGGAGGACAAAAGGAGCAAUGAAGUGAUAGGAAGAGAAAUGCAGAGAAAGAUACAGCACAAGGAGACCCACAGGAAGACACUGGGACAGACACAGUUCUGGGGAACAGAGGGGCCAAGCUGCAGGCCUAGACACAGGAAAACGGACCUGGAGACGCAGAUCCAGAGACUGCAGUUCACAAGGGAACGGGAGGAAAAGGGCUGUGAGAAAGACAUCCAUUGGAUUGAAGGUGCCCUGGGCCUGCCCUUAACCAGCGUCCAGAUGCAACUUCCUCACUUCUAACCUGGACUGUUUGCAAAGGCAAAGUAAGCAUAAGAAGCACAGCCACACCCCAAGCACGUGGCCUCUACAAACAGCGACCACAGCUGCGCACUGCAGGGACGUCUUUGCUCCUGUACACAGUGAUAAAGAUCCCUGUUGAUAAAAGCAGAACCUGCACACAGAAUGGAUUAUAUAGUGCUGGCCUUUCCAUACUGCUGUAUAUUUUUUCAAGGCAUUUCACAUCAUACUCAUUUCCUCUGUACACAUGCAAAAUUGUGCUUGUUUGCAGAUAGUCACACCUAACUAAAAGUAGUAAGUUCUAAACUCAAGUUAAAAAAAAAUGUUCAAAGACACUGAGCCAUUCAAGAAAUUACCUUUGAAAUGAGUUAGAACCAGCACAUUGCUGUGAACAAAUUCAGCUGCCUUUCUGAAUUAUCAGAUCAAUAAUUUUCAGUGUCUUCAUGUCUCAUAAGUAAUUCCACAAAAGGUUUAUUUUGCUCACUCUACUUAACUUGGUGAUUAUAUUUUUAGUUUUCUGAUCAUAAAAGUAAUAUGCUAAAAAGUAAAACAUGUCCUCUAUGAAAAAUAAUAAUCACAACUGAAGCUAUCACUGAUGUAUAUUAUUCUCAGAUAUUAACAUUUAGGUAGAAGUCUUCCUAGUUCUCUUUAUAUGUAUUUAUUUUAUAUUUGAUUGAGAUUGUGCCUUAAGUUAAUUUUGAACAUUAAUGUUGUACUUAUCAUAAGCACUUUUAAUGUUAUUAAAAUUUUCA